CAACGUGAGGAGCUCAGUACUGCGACUCAGUAUAGGCUAUCCACAGGGAUACAGUGUGCGUUUUAGCCACAGUGCCUCAGCAGUAGGCUACAGUAUAUUGGCUACUGUAUAGUAAUGUGCGCAAUGGCGCACACUCACCGAGCACUAUUGGAUUUUAGGAGUGUCGGUCGAAUGUAGGGGAGGAUAGGUAGCCAAAAACAAAUCUAUAUCGGGAAAACCCAGCUGUCAGAUGCAGAAACGUGAACAGGUGGCCUCUCCAGAGACUUACGAGUGAAGGUGAAUGGACUAACAGCUUACCUCUUCCUCUAAUCUUCUGCUGACGACAGCAAUACUGACCCUACGGUCAAAAUUAUGUCUAUCGCAGUUUGAGAUUCAGGACCCGAUCAAUUCGUGUUGAUUCAAGUGACAGUCGCUCCUCGGUUGGACUUUCGUUGCCAGACGUUUUUUUCUCCAAGUGUCAGCGAAUCUGAAAGUGACGUCUGGACUUUCGAAGAUGUGCUGGCGCCUUGCAUUUACCUGGCUUUCACAGUAGUUACUUUCACGUAUAGGCUACAUUGAGAUUGGGAUUUACUAAGGACCCAGGUGCCAAAGCAGCAUGUUUCCCGAAAUUAAUAACAAGUCUUCAAAACCAGAGGCCUUCCCCCACUCACACAGACUKCAGACCCAACAGGCAACCAACCGGCCCUAUUUACAGAAGUUUAACUCGGAGGGGACCUUGCCCCAUCUGGAGCCCCCAGUGAUACAGGUGGUUGUCAGCAAUGCCAAACUACACCACCAGCWGUCCGAUAGCAUCCUGCCCCACAUCGUCAACAAGGGGGUGCAGAGCAACUACCAGACACACCAGGAUGAGAGAUCAAAGCCCUCCUCCCAGUUCCCCAUGCGGUUCGGCUCCUCCGUGGAGAACCUGUCUGACUCCAUCACCACCAAGAGCCUCAGCAACAAGCUGGAGGAGAAGAAGCUUUAUGAGGGACAGAGGCUGCCCAUGUCUCCCACAGAGGCACUGAGGCACUUCCAGGGGCGUCUGACAGAGUUUGAGCAGGAGGAGAUCAUGGAUUACUCAGAGAUCUGGUUCCUGGGUCUGGAGACCAAGAAGAUUGAGGGCUCUCACGGGAUUCCUCAGAACGCAGGCUACGACGACGAGCACGGCAGCUACAACAAGGUUCUACACGACCACAUUGGCUUCCGCUUUGAGGUGUUGGAGGUAAUCGGGAAGGGAUCCUUUGGACAGGUUCUGAAAUGUCUGGACCACAAGACCCAAGAACUGGUUGCCAUCAAGGUCAUUCGCAACAAGAAAAGGUUUCAUCACCAGGCCCUAGUGGAACUAAAGAUCCUGGAUGCUGUGAGGAGGAAAGACAGGGAAAACUGCCACAAUGUCAUCCAUAUGAAGGAAUACUUCUACUUCCGCAACCAUCUCUGCAUCUCCUUCGAGCUGCUAGGAGUCAACCUGUAUGAGCUGAUCAAGAAGAACAACUUCCAGGGCUUCAGUCUGGCCUUGAUUCGUCGUUUCACCCACUCCCUGCUCAAGUGCCUGCAGAUGCUGCAUAAGGAGAAGAUCAUUCACUGUGACCUCAAACCGGAGAACAUCCUUCUGUCUCAGAAAGGACAAGGAAAUAUCAAGGUGGUGGACUUUGGGUCCAGCUGUUAUGAGCAGCAGAGAGUCUACACCUACAUCCAGAGUCGUUUCUACCGCUCCCCAGAGGUGAUUCUGGGCCACCCCUACAGCAUGGCCAUCGACAUGUGGAGCCUGGGCUGCAUCAUGGCUGAGCUCUACACCGGCUUCCCGCUCUUCCCUGGGGAGAGCGAGGUGGAGCAGAUCGCCUGCAUCAUGGAGGUAUUCGGUAUGCCUCCCAAUGAUUUUGUGCAGACGGCAUCCAGGAAAAGAUUGUUUUUCGACUCCAAAGGAAACCCCAGAAACAUCACAAACAGCAAAGGGAAGAAGAGGCGACCCAAUUCCAAAGACCUGGCCAGUGUGUUGAAAACCAAUGAUCCUCUGUUCCUGGACUUCCUUCGACGCUGCCUCAUGUGGGAUCCAACCAAGCGUAUGACACCAGAUGAGGCGAUGCAGCAUGAGUGGAUCCAGGAGGCCCGUCUCAACAAGCUCAGGCCCAAAACACGACCCAUGAUGAGGAAGCCCAGUGAAAGCAUGAGCAGCACAGAAAACAACUACAAGGCCACUUACRGCAAAGUAGUUACUAACAGAACAGCUGAGAAGAUCGGGUCCGAUAGCAACAACAAGCUGAAGAGGGACCUCUCCGCCAAGGCAGGGGGCAAGAUGGUGACCGCUGAGCGACUACGUCCCAUUGGAGCGUCAGCAGAGGAGCAGUUGUGUGAGGGCGUGGCCAAGGUCAACAGGGACACCAAUCAUGAGGCGAGCGAGGAGAGGCCCGUGCACAUCGUCAUCAAGCCUCAUCUAGAUGUGGGCACCGACGGAGAGUGCCAGGAGUCAUCCCAGUGUCUGCCCCCUAUCAUGUAGCAGCACAGGCAGGCAGCACUAGGCGUUAUGGACUUUAACAUCCUCAAAGAGGCACAGUGGAUAAUGAAUARUGUGGUCAUGUCUAGGGGAUCUCCUGUUUUGUAACAUUCCUGUGGUCUAUGACACGCAUUCAAUACGUUUAAUAAAGUCACCUUAGCUCAGGGUUUCCCAAACUCGGGACCUAAGAAGAGCACGUUUUGUUUUUUGCCUUAACACUACACAGCUGAUU